CAAACACUGGCUUGGCAGGAAGUUGCUCUUCCAAAGAUCAACAAUGUUGCAGUUGCAUCUGAGCCUUCUGUGCCUGUCAGUAACGAUCGCAUGUGUCAUUUGUCAAGAGCAUGCUCUGGACCGUCAGCACAUUGCUCAACAGAAUUUUGAUUAUAUUUUAACCUUGAACAAUGUGCCAGAAUAUAGCUAUGAUCACAAAAAAACGCGAAGUGUCGCUGCAGAUCAUACUUAUGGUGAUAAAACGUUGAAAACUCCUGAGGAAUAUAAUAUUGAUCAUAUGCCCUUAAUCGGCAUUCCAGAAAGUACUUAUGGCGACAAAAAAAAGAAAACCAUCGAGGAACACAAUUAUGAUCAAUUAAAAACUUUAAGUGACGUUUCAGAUGUUGUUUCUGGUGGCAGAACACUGAAGAGUGUUUACAAACACAACUAUACUCAUAAAAAAACUGUGAGCGGCGUUCCAAAAGUUACAUAUGGCGAUCAGCCACUAAAAAGCGUUGGCAACCACCACUAUGGUCAUAUGAAAACUUUGAGCGAUAUUCUAGAACCUACUUAUGACGACAAAGCAACGAGUAAAAAUGAUCUUAUAAAAACGUUGAGUGACGUUCUAGAAAGAAAUUAUGGAGCUAAAUCACUGAAGAGUAUUGACGAACACAACUAUGAUUACAUAAAAACAUUGAGUGACGUUCUUGAAAGUACGUAUGGCGAUAAAUUACUUAAUCACAUUGACAAACGCAACUAUGAUCAUAAAAAAGCCAAGAGUGGCGUUCCAGAACAUACUUAUGUCGACAAAACAUUGAAAAACAAUGACAAACACAACUAUGAUCAUAUGAAAACUUUGAGUGAUUUUCUAGAACGUAGUUAUGACGACAAAACACCGAAGAACAUUGACAAACAUCAAUAUAAUCAUAUAAAAACUUUAAGUGACAUUCUAGAAAGUACUUAUGACGACAAAUUACUCAAAAGAAUUGAUGAACACAACUAUGAUCAUAUAAAUACCUUAAGUGAUUUUCUGGAACGCACUAAUGACGACAAUGCACCGAAGGAUAUUAACAGUUUUUAUUAUGAUAAUAUUAAAACUUUGAGUGACAUUCUUGAAAAUACAUAUGGCCAAAAAUUACUCAAUCGCAUUGACGAACACAUCAAUGCCCAUAAAAAAACUCUGAGUGGCGUCCCAAAAGUUACUUAUGGUGAUAAAUCACUGAAGAGUAUUGAUAAAUACAGAAAUGAUCAAAUAAAAUCCUUAAGUGAUAUUAUAGAAACUACUUAUAAUGACAAAGGCCCAAGUGACAUUGACAAACAUAAUUAUAAUCAUGUAACAACUUUGAGUGACAUUCUUGAAAAUACAUAUGGCCAAAAAUUACUCAAUCGCAUUGACGAACACAUCAAUGCCCAUAUAAAAACUCUGAGUGACGUUCCAAAAGUUACUUAUGGUGACCAAUCACUGAAGAGUAUUGAAAAAUACAAAAAUAAUCAAAUCAAAUCCUUGAGUGAUAUUCUAGAACCUACUUAUGAUGACAAAGGACCAAGUGGCAUUUAUAAUCAUAUAACAACUUUGAGUGACGUUCUUGAAAAUACAUAUGGCCAAAAAUUACUCAAUCGUAUUGACGAACACAUCUAUGACCAUAUGAAAACUCUGAGUGCCGAUCCAAAAAUUACUUAUGGUGACAAACUGAAAAGUAUCGAAAAAUCCAAAUAUGAUCAAACAAGAACAUUAAGUGAUAUUCUAGAACAUACUAAUGAAGAUAAAGCAUCGAGGAACAUUGACAAACAUAAUUAUGAUCAUAUUAAAAGUUUGAGUGACAAAUUAUUCAAUCGCAUUGACGAACAUAACUAUGAUAAUAUAAAAACUUUGAGUGAUUUUCUAGAACGUACUAAUGAUGACUUUAAUUAUGAUAAUAUAAAAACUUUGAUUGACAUUCUUAAAAAUAUAUAUGACGGCAGAUUACUGAAUGGAAUUGAUGAACAAAACUAUGAUAAUAUAAAAACUUUGAUUGGCAUUCUUGAAGAUAUAUAUGACGGCAAAUUGCUUAAUCGAACUGAUGAACACAACUAUGACCAAAUAAAAACUUUGAGUGACGUUCUAGAAGACACAUAUGACGACAAAGUACUUAAUCGUAUUGACGAACAUAAUUAUGAUCAUAUAAAAACUUUAAAUGAUGUUCUGGAUCUUGUUUCUGGUGAAACAUCACACAAGGCCGUCGACAAACAUAGUAAUGGCCAUAAAAAAAGUCUUCAUGGCGUUUCAACAGUUACAUACAGCGACAAAACACUAAAGCGAAUUGGCGAACACAAAUAUGGUCAAAUAAAAACCUUAAGUGAUUUGCUAGAAAAUUCUAAUGAUUACAAAGUAUCGAAGAAAAUUGAUAAACAUAAUGAUCAUAUAAAAACUUUGACUGACUAUCUUGAACAUAAAUAUGGCCACAAAUUAGUCAAUCGCAUUGACGAACACAACUAUGAUCUUAUAAAAACCUUGAGUGAUUUUCUAGAACGUACUAAUGACGACAAAUCAUUGAAGAACAUUGACAAACAAAAUUAUAUUCAAACUUUGAGUGACGUCCUAGAAAGUCCAUACGAGUAUGAUGACAAAUUACUCAAUCGAAUUAAUGGACACAAUUAUGAUCAUGAAAAAACCUUGAAUGGAGUUUCAGAAUAUACUAAUGUCGACCGAACACUAAGUAACAUUGAAGAACAUAAUCAUGGUUAUGUUAAAACCUUGAGUGGUGUUCCAAAACAAAUUUAUAGCGACAGUGAAGAAACAAAAAUGCCACAUUAUUACUCCUACAUUGAAAUUUCAUAAAAAUUGGAUGCGUCAAUAAUCAACCGUAUUUAAUGACUUCAAAUGCAGAGAAAUCAACUACUUUUUGUGGGUAUUAAUCUAGAAAUAAGUAAAACGAAUGUUCGAAGCAAUCUUAUCAUCUUUUAUUUCGUUUAAAUUACAAAGUAUUUAUUGU